AUCGGUCCCUAAGGAACACCCGAAAGGGCUUAGUCCGAUGGGUACACGAAAGUGACGAAGUUGCUUUGACUAUUGAACAAAAAAAUUUUUUUUUUGCGUGUUUGUUAAACUCGUGAAUUGGAUUAUUGGGCAGGCCGGAGGACUUCCAGGAAAAAACUUCGUGAAAAAAAACCGUACCCCAAACCGACACAGGUGAACAAGUAGAGCAUACUAAGGCGCUUGAGAGAACCAUGUUGAAGGAACUCGGCAAAAUGACCCCGUAACCUCGGGAGAAGGGGUGCUCUCCUAUCUUCGGAUUGGGAAAGCGGCACAUACCAGGGGGUAGCGACAGUUUAUUAAAAACACAUGACUCUGCUAAGUGGUAACACGAUGUAUAGAGUCUGACACCUGCCCGGUGCUGGAAGGUGAAAAGGAGAAGUGUUUUAAGCUUCGAAUGGAAGCCCCGGUAAACGGCGGCAGUAACUCUAACUGUCCUAAGGUAGCGAAAUUC